GGCUCCGUCUCUCUUAAUCAGCCUGUAAUGGAGCUAAUGGCUGUUUGUCAUCCUUGGAGAUAUAAAUUUCCUGGCGGUGUCUCCUGCAGACAGUGCAUGAAGUAUGCUCUGUGUGCCAGUAAAGGCUGAUAAGCAGAGAAGGGCAGGGUACUCCGUUAGCCAGCAGAGCCAGGGCUUCCGGCUGCCAGCUGCAGAACUCGCCUCGCCACUCCUGAGACAUGGAUAAUGCCGUUGAUGGAUUGGACAGAGCUUCCAUAGCAAACUCAGAUGGCCUCCCAACAGGUUCCCAGACACCGCCCUUCAAGAGAAAGGGGAAGCUGUCCACUAUCGGUAAAAUCUUCAAACCGUGGAAAUGGAGGAAAAAGAAGACCAGUGACAAAUUUAGAGAAACCUCAGCAGUGUUAGAGAGGAAGAUAUCCACCAGACAAAGUAGAGAGGAGCUGAUAAGAAGGGGCGUGAUUAAAGAAUUGCCUGAUCAAGAUGGAGAUGUAACAGUUAACUUUGAAAAUUCAAACGGGCACAUGAUACCCAUCGGAGAGGAAUCUACCCGGGAGGAGGAUGUAGGGAAGCCCGAAGAAGGUAAUGGCUCUGUAUCUGAGAAAACACCACCUCUGGAGGAAAAGGCAGAAGAUAAGAAAGAGAACACUGAAAACCACUCUGAAACUCCGGCAGCUCCUGCUCUACUUCCUCCAGCUCCUCCUAAGCCUAAACCCAAACCUAAACCCAAAAAAUCACCUGUGUCUCCUAAAGGGGCCACUGCUGGGCCCAGCCACAAAGGUGACGAAGUACCUCCCAUUAAAAAAAAUGCCAAGGCUCCUGGCAAGCAGGUCCCUGCCCCUCCGCCCAAGCCAGCAAGCCGAAACACGACCCAAGAGGCUGCUGGUUCUUCUCAUUCAAAAAAACCAACUGGCUCCAAAGCAUCAGCUUCACCAUCUACUUCAUCCACCUCUUCACGUCCCAAAGCUCCAAAAGAGACAGCUGCUAGCAAAACAGGGACAGUGGGGACCACAAAGGGCAAGAAGAAACCGGGCAAGCAGCCAACAGCUUCUCGCCUGUCCUCAGACAGCUUGACCACUGGAGCAUCUGAUCUCAAAGGAGAGCCUUCUGAGGCUGGAGCGGAGAGUCUCCAGCCUGAGCAGACUGGCCCCGGGGCCGAGGAACAGAGUGCUGGCAAAGCCAGGCCCACGGUCCCUCCUCCUCCUGUGGCUGCACCACCGUCUCCCCCUGCCCCUCCUCUGCUCCUUGAUGAUCAGUGUAUUAUGGCCCCAGACACUCCUGUGGUCCUGGUCAGCGACAGUGCUGACCUGCCCAUCGCUACCUUAGACCCAAGUCAGCUCCUUUGGACCGAAGAGCCAACCGACAGAACCAUUCUGCACUCAGGCGCUGGCUUAAGUGUCAGCAGAGAAAACGCUAAAUGUUUCACCACCAAAGAUGAGCUGGAGAAGGCCGCCUCUCACCUUCUGACCCCGGGGCUGAUGGGAGAAUCUUCAGAGUCCCUCAGUGCCCCAGAGGACGAAGGCACCAGGGAGUACCAGGCCAAUGACUCUGACUCAGAUGGGCCCAUCUUGUACACUGAUGACGACGAGGAGGAAGAUGAGGACGAGGACGGCAGUGGAGAAAGUGCUUUGGCAAGUAAAAUACGGCGAAGGGAUACUCUUGCUAUCAAACUUGGCAACAGACCAUCUAAGAAGGAGUUAGAGGACAAAAAUAUCUUGCAGCGGACAUCUGAAGAAGAGAGACAGGAAAUCCGACAACAAAUUGGAACCAAGCUGGUCAGGAGACUCAGCCAAAGGCCCACAACUGAAGAACUGGAGCAAAGAAAUAUCCUAAAACAAAAGAAUGAAGAAGAAGAACAAGAAGCAAAAAUGGAACUUAAGCGUAGACUCAGCCGGAAGCUUAGCCUGCGACCCACAGUAGCAGAGCUGCAAGCGCGAAGGAUCCUGCGGUUUAACGAGUAUGUUGAAGUCACCGAUUCUCCUGACUAUGACCGCCGGGCAGACAAGCCCUGGGCCAGGUUGACGCCUGCAGACAAGGCAGCAAUAAGGAAAGAACUAAAUGAAUUUAAAAGCACAGAAAUGGAAGUUCAUGAAGAGAGUCGACAGUUUACCAGGUUUCAUCGCCCAUAAAGGAGUGUGGAACUGUUUGCAAGCACAGAUGAUCAUCUUUAGGGGAAAGAAGCCCUGCUUCCCAAAAAGCUGAUAUUGCACUGAGACUUGAGUGUGUGUGACUCCGUUUAACUUGUGGUAAAGGAAAUGUGUGACUCGGCUUUGUUCAAAAGUACUCCUCACCUCUACAGCCCAGAGGGGCCGACGAGUGAAGGGAAGGAUGCAGUAACCUUGUUACCCAGAAUGUGUACUGAUGGUAAGCGGCACUAUGGUUAUCAGCUAUUCUUCAUCAGGAGUUUAAUCAAAGAAGAUGAGCAGAAGACAAUCACUGGCUCCCUACUACCAGAAAGCCAAAAGAUUUAGUGCCUGUGGGUUAAAGAAAAAUUGCUGGGCUCUGGAAAGGGGUGGGAGUUGAGAAUCAGAAAGAAAGAGAUAUAUUUCAUUAUGUUAAUGAAGAAAGAAUAAGAUUGAAACAUAAAUGUAUUUUUUGAAGUAGGCAUUUGGUAGCUGAAAACUUAUUAAGGGGUUUGGGAAUCGUAAACACCCAACAUGGAUUCCUGAAAGACUGAGUUUUACAUAGAUAUUCUUGUUUUACCAUUAAGUUGGUACGGUAAAGUACCAUUUUUUUAUGUUGUGCCAGUGAAUCCAGUUGCCAGAAACAAAUCUGAAUGUUUUCAUGCAUCUUUUUCUUAAAUGCAAGAGACUCCUACUGACUCUUACCAAGCAUGCUUAUCCAAAUUUUGUUGUAUGCUUUAAGUAGCACAGCUCUUCACUCUUGACAUUUUUUUGUGCCCCUUCCUAGUGCAUCCGUUUUCCACAAAGACAACAGGACUAGGCAUAAAGGCAGAUGCAAUGUUAUCCUAUAAAACUGUUAUAAGCAUUAGGAACAAUUUUUUUUUCCUUUCUCUAUCUGUAUUAUCUCCAAAGUCAACCAACCACACUUGAUCUAAAGAAGAUAAUGUUGACAAUCAUGCCACCCUUUUAAGAAUGCAAAGUUAAAAUUUAAGUAAGGUACAAGCAUAUGCUGCCUGCUGUUAGUUCUGAGGGGGAAUGCAAAGGACCAGUUAUUUUUCAGCACUGCAUUUUUAAAAAAAUGUUGAAUUGCUGCUAUUAAAAUAAAGCACAUGCAUCACAAACUAUACAUCCCAAGGCUUAAAAGAACAGAGAAAAUUUCUGCUAAAUUGUGUGUGGGAGAAAGCUCAUUUCUUUUUUUAUAUUCAGAGUCUGCAGAUUGCAUCCAUAAAUGCAGUAUUUACUUUCAGUGCCAGAGAUCAUUGAGAUGAAAAUCACAGACAGUCUCCGUAUGAGCCUACAAGCAGUAUUGUUUACAAUGAGAACCCCUCUGUUACUGUAUUGCCCAUUCCCGUGGACUGAAUCUCAGGCUCAGUUUGAUGCCUGCUCGCCCAUGUAUAUGACUGUGUGUAAAUACCGUCCUGCAUUUAAUUGUUCUUAGUUGUUUUGUGGCCCUUUUUAUUAAAAAUACAUAACAAAAAGUCAAGACCUAAUUAGACUUUAUUCUUAGAGCUCAGAGUAAAAUUUCCUGAACUGCAUUUGGUUUGAAAUGUGGAAGACCAUAAUUGUCAAUUUCAGCCCAAAACCAAGCGUUAUGUCUAUUGGUUAAAUUCAGAUCCCUCCAUUCAUUGGGAAUUUAAAAAAAAAAAAAUUCAAAAUGAAUGAUUUUAUUUAAUUUUUUAAAUUUUCCCCUCUUGGCCUAUUAUAAAAAGCCAGAACAAUUUUAUAAGAAAAGUAACCAGCAUUAUUGUACCUCUUGCUGCGCUCAGCUAUGGGCAUUAAUAAAGUAAACUUGCUCUCUGUACUAUUGUCAUUUUUCUAAUAGGAUAAGACAUACUUUGCUUUGAAAAUUUUUCUUUGCAUGCCUAAGUGUCUGUCUCUGGCUGAUAUUUUGUCUGAUUUUUGUUGUUACUGUUCGUGGUGCUGGGAUUAAAUCUGCGGCCUGGUAUGUCCCAGGCAAGCAUUCUACCACUGAGCUACACCCCCCAGACCUUGCUUUAUACUGUUUCAGUUGAGCCAUAAAAAUUAACUUUGUUCUCCUUUUUAUUUCAAAAUCAUCCUUUUCUUUACAUAGUUUAAUGCCAUUUUGAGAGAAAUACUAGGAAUAUAAUGUUUCUUUUCUUUCUCUGUGCUUAGAAUCAUGGAACGUUAUUUUAAAAUUUCUAAUCACAGAUCUUUAUGUAAUACUAAAUAUAAGACAUUAUUACCACUUUAUCAUUUAGGAUACAUGUCAUAGAAAGCUCCUGUUUGGAAUGUUUUUUCGACUGUGGAACAGUUGAUGUAACUUUUUAAUUCCCUACAAUAAGGUUCACCCAGUACAAAAGUGAAAACCUGGUACUUCAAUGUAUUGUUUUCCUUGCAUAAUGUAUCAGAUUUAUGAACUAUCCACACUUUUUCUUCACAUUGGUUGGGGUAUUUAGAGAAAAUCUUAUGUUAAGUUUUUUUUAAAAAAAUUGUAACUACUACUAACCUAAUCUUUAACUAAUUGGCACCACUAGUUAUUCCAUUAGAAUGAUCCUUAAAUAAUAGGCUGUACAAAGCACUAAAGCAUUAUGAGCUACGGUGCAUUUCCUAGAAUAAAUCCCUGUUGUCUUGGUAAAUUUUAAGAGGCAGAAAUUCAGCAUAAUCCCAGCAGCAGCCCAUCCUGGGGUCUUUGUCUGGCAGCCCUGAAAAGAUGCAAAGGCACAGGCCACCCUCCCUGCGGUCACGGCUGCCCACUGUCCUGUCUGCGGUUUGCCCAGUGUGCCUCUGUUCUACAAAGAAAGUGAAUGUGCGUGAGAAUUGGUUUUUCUUUUUCUUUCUUUCUUUCUUUUUUUCAUCCUGAGGCCUGAACCCAGGGCUGCUGUACCCAGGUACACACUCUGUUGGUGUGCUACACCUCUGAUCCAUUUCAGUUUUGUUGUGGUUGUGGCUGUUUUAACACAAUUCAAGUUUUUUGCUAAAGUCCACCAUUUAUUAGGCUAAUGUUGAACAAGUGAGUGGGUUUUCUCAGGUCUUUGAGAUGUGAUUAAGGAAGAAAGCAAACUCAUCCCUAGGAAGAUCCCAGGCAGAAAAGAAGUAGAGUAUAAAAACCAGAGUGACCAUUUCCAUCUGUUUUUUAUUGGCUGCUAAGGUAUACGCAUUAAUGUGAAGGUAGUAAGAAGAUUCUGAGCUGGCUUUCUCAGCUUUCUUCCAGUUUUACCAAUCAAACUGGCAAAAUUAAUUCUCUGACAAUCACCGUUAAGGCAAAUUGCUUAGUUUCCUAGGGUAUAUGAAGUAGCGUGCAUUUUCUGAUAUGAUUUAACUAAGAUCUACAGUAUUCAGAGAACAAUCCUAUGCAUUUGAAUUUGAAUUGUUUUAAUUGAAGGAAAAAGCAAUCACAUCUUUCCUUCUCACUUAUCCAGAUAACGCUGACUUUGGUUUCGUUUUUAUAUCCUUAGUAGUAGAAUGAGUAUUUUACUCACCUUUCUCUAAUGUCACUGAACAGUUCUGAAAUUGAAGUGAAAACAUAUUUAAGGAAAUAGACAAAUACAUCUGAAAUCACCAGAUAUUGAAGAGGAGUUUUGCAUCCUUAAAAUCCUAUCAGUUAGAUUUUGUAUCCUGCAACUAAUUUAGUACUGAGUUGAAUUUAAAACAAAUACACUUAAAAGAGAAAAAAAACUGAAUAAACAUUGUAUACACUGAUGUGAACCACAUCAACACACAACAGCAUUUUAUUUCAUGGAGUUAGGUGGACACAGCUUUCACAAAUUAUACACUAUUCACAACACAAAAAGCUACUCUUAUCUACCACGUCCAUACUUACUCCCCUCUGGCUCAAAAGUUUCAGUAGUCUGUUACUAUUUGUAAGCGGUCCCAGCAGCAUUAUUCAGAGUAAGAAAUUUUCACCCGAGAAGGUCAAGUGGACUUAAACUGACAUAAGAUUUAUGAACGUCUCUCAUUUUUUAUCAAUAUGGCAGAAUUGUUUGAGCAUUCUUAAAUUCUAGAUAUUUUAAGCCUAUCCUUCGUAGUAAAAGCAUAUGCUUGGAAAUCAUUAUCUCUCCACUUCACAAGUGUAUGUUGCAAGCACUAAAACUCCUUUUAGAUGCAGUUUCCCUAUGACGUUGCCCUUCAGCAUCUUGACAUGAUGGAUUAUCCUUCAGUAGCAUUUGCCCUCUACUUGCUGGUAGCAGACACUGUUGUCUUAAAUGACAAAGCAAAGUGAAACUCAGCAGUUCAAAUAUGUUCUAGAGGAGAAAACAGUGACAAAAUUAACUACCAGCUAAGGAGAACAUCUUUUGGAGAGAAACCAUGUCCCCUAGAACGUGCAAAACCUAAGUUUAAGGGGAACAUUAGACUCUACUAGAAAAGCAAGCAGCGACCAAAUGUGGGGAGUGGGAGUGAAGGUGGGAAACCCCCCAGCCAUUCUCAUUUGCACUUUCCAGUGACUUUUUGUAAUCAUGGAGCAUAAGUUCUGUCAGGAAAUGUGAACCACCAUUAGUUUCUUUUUAAAAGAAGCUAUUAGUAUUUGUCAAAAGAAAUCAGCCCACCUGUAUUUUUCUUGAAGUCUGGGCCAUCCCAAACUAAGAAAUUCCAUUGUAUUCGUGAUUCUAAGAAAAAGAUUUCUGACAAAGAAAUGAAAGAAAUGGACACUCCUGUGGCAGCUAUUCCCACCUAAAGUAGCCCUCUAGCAAAGCCCUAAGAUUUACUACACAAAAUUGAAAAUGUUACUUAGCCCAUGGCAUCACUAGCACAGCUGCAUGGGGCAGCUCAGCCCUGUGAAUCAGUGUUUCAGUGAGGUGCUAUUGCAUUCAGGUCAAGGCAGCUUUUUGUCGCAUGAGACUGUCCCACGCGUCACAGGAUGCUUAAUACUGCAGGCUGCAGCUGACUGAAUGCCAGUAGUAUUAACAGUCAUUGUGAAAACCAAAAGGAAAACGCCUUGCAUGCAUUUGUAGGUCCUCUGUAGGAGACAGCUACCCCUUCCCCUGAAUGCGACUGUCUGUUGCAGUCUGAUGACACACAGGAAAGGGGGCCGAUCCCAGAACAUUAUUUCUGUGGCCUCGCUUUUCCUUGGCCCCCUUUGCGUUUCAAGGCUUCCACUUCAGCUUACUUCAGUGCAGCUUUAUUUUGCCAGUUCUCUCGGGAAGAGGUAACAGGAUAGUUACAGCAGUUCCAGCGGCCAUAGUGACGUGGCCUGGUCCCUAUGUUUACUGAAAGAGAUUUUACAUGAAGCAAGCUUUUUUUUCUCUCUCUCUCUCUCUUUUGCAAUUUUACCCCAGAACGACACUGCUGACCAUAAUGCUUGUCAGUGUCAUGGAGAUUGUUGCAAGACACAGCGACUCUUAACAGCCCGUAUAAACAAAGCUAGUGGUCUUUGGAAAUCACUAUUAGAUUUUACCGGGUAACACUGUAGCUUGUAAGUCCCAAAAGAAGCAUGUAAGUUAUUUCAUCCAAAAGCAGAGGCUUGAAUUCCCCUAUAGAUAUAGUCAGGAGUUCAGCUCUUUGAAGAACAUUGAUGAAAACUGCAUUAUGAUGGAAAUGUGGAUUAAUGUGAAUUGCAUGUGUAUCAUACUGCAGCGAUAGUCAUACAGGAAAUAAGACGAAUUUUAUCUAAGUGAAACAUUAUCAAACUGUCCUAGUUACACGGAAACAUACUUACUCUCCUUGUCACUUUUUAUCACCAAAACUGAAUGGUUAAUAUAUCUUGUAUUGGGAGCUGGGCAUGGUGACUCGUGUCUAUAAUCCCAGCAUUUUGGAGGCUGAGGCAGGAUAAUUGCCAUGGGCUUGAGGCCACCCUGGGCUACAUAAUGAGUUCAAGGCAAGCUUGCACUACAAAGUGAGAUUGUCUAAAAAAAAAAUUAUUUGGCUGAGUUGUGACUAGGAGCAUGGAAUUAAAUUAGUAGCUAUGAUUUUUAAGUAUUGUAAUUCCAAACAAAUCGUUGAUGUAGAGCAACUCAAAGUUGAUAAAGGUGGUUAUGUUGUAAAUUCAUAGAUGGUGCUUAAGAAUUCUUACCUUUUUUAAUAGCAAUAUUUUUUUACACGAAGAAUUGACAGGAGUGAAUAAGACGGAAUGCCACUCCACCCUCAGGUCAGUUUUAUGGUGUAUUAAAAUGCCAAUCAUGUUUGUGCCACUUGCCAGUCUGAGGGACUUUUCCCUUCAUGCUUUUGUUAACAGUUUAACUGUGUUGUUAAUAUUGCUUAGGAAGCCUCCACGAGAAGUUGCCCACUGCACUGCUAACUAGCAUUUAGAAAUAUCAGAAUAAGUCAAGGGUCAAACCACUUUCAUCAUCUAAAAUGUAGGGACUAGUUUUUCCUCCUGCUUCUUUUUUCUCUCUCUCUCUCUCUCUCUCUCUCUCUUUAGGCUUUCUCUUGUGGCUUGGAACUGUGCCAGUAUAUCUGAAACAAUUUCACCAGUUAAAUAGCUACUAAAAUUUAAACAAGUCAUUUUUCUCUCUGUAACAGUGAUUUUUUUAAAAAUAAUGGACAUAUUAUUUUGUUCUUUCCAUCUUGAGUUAAAGCGUUAAGAAUGGUAAACUGUGAUCAUUAGCAGACUAACUGAAAGACUCCAGCUCCCAGUGCACAAUGUAGGCCUGCAUAUGACACAGGUAUAAUAUCUGUGAGUGUAAAUAACUGGAACUGUACACUGAUUAACACAACAGUUGCUAUUUUUUGUUGUUGUUCUGAAUCUGUACUGUAUGAUAGAAUGUGGGUAUAAAUAUCUACAAGUAUACACACAUAUGUAUGUGUAUUCCACUAUUGUAACCUGAAAGAAAGACCAUGUGUUACCUUUUUUAUUCCAUAUUGGUGUUCGUGUUAUUUAAAAAGCAAACUCGCGCUCUAUCUAGUGGUUUACUAUAAUAGGAGAUAUCGCCGUGCACAAUUCCAAGUGCCUUAGAACAUUGUUUAGCUUUCCUAAGUACCUAUAAAUGCAUAUGUGUAUAAAAUUGGGAAACAUUACCUCAAUAAAAUCAUUGGGAAGCCCCA